AUGUCCGGUGACAUAAUCAACGCAAAUCCAACGGUGUUGGAUGUGAGCCAGUUGCCAACAAGGAGAGAGAAAUACACGAAGGAAUCGGCCAAGGGUGGCCAAUCUGAUAUCCUAUUACUAAACAACCUGUUAUCAUUAUCUCUUCUCACUCCCUCUGGUGAUUUGAAUGAGAACAAAGCCGGUCAAGUAACACCACCUGAGCUGACUGAUGAUGAGACUGAGGCUGAAGAAGAAGAAGCUGAGGAUCCUAUAGACGCACAAGAGAUCUACGAUCUGAUCUCUUCGAUAUCGGAUCCUGAACAUCCUUUGACUCUGGGCCAGCUUGCUGUUGUGAAUCUGAACGAUAUAACAGUGACAGACCCCAGAGAUCCUACCAAGAUCGGCGAGGUUCUCAUAAAGAUCACUCCAACCAUCACGCAUUGCUCUCUAGCCACACUGAUUGGACUCGGGAUACGAGUGAGAUUGGAAAGGAGUUUGCCACCAAGACUGCGCAUCAAGAUUUUGCUCAAGGAGGGGUCUCAUCAGAGUGAGAAUCAGGUGAACAAGCAGCUGAACGACAAGGAAAGGGUGUGUGCGGCAUGUGAGAACGAACAACUGUUGAAAGUGAUAACCCAUAUGCUCAGCACGUGCAUCUAA